AUGGAGGAAGGCGACUCCCUCUCCGAGACCUCCGGCAGUUCCUUUGAGGAGAUCACCCUCGUGUCCAUAAGGAUCGGCUGGUUCCAUUUCAACCCCGUGUCGAAGAAGGGCAGGGCGCUGCAUCUCGCCCAGAACAGCAUGGUGAUGUCGAAGGCCCUGAAAGACCAAGGGGACAUCUCCACUGUGGCUGUGCAGGUGAAGGACGCCGUCGAGAUCGGCCGCCUGCUGCGCGCCCUCCAGCAGGAGCGGACGGAGGUCGCCUACUUCACGCUGUCCAACGCCUCCACGACGCUCAGAUGUGCCACAAAAAUGACAUGGCUACUGGAUGCUACUAGUCUGCCGUUGUCUGUCACUAAGCGUCUUUUAUCAUGGAAGCCCUUCCGGCCACACCUUAACAGUUAUUAUGAGUACUGGAGCAACAUCUCGACCGUCUUCGACCGGACGGACAGCCUCCUGGAGAGCGUGACGAGGUGGCCCCAGAUCGACGGCACGAGUCAAGCCAACGCGAAGAUGUUUACGUCCAGAGUCAGGUUCCAGAUCCGCCUGGAGGAUUUCAGAAACACCAUCAACCCGUACGAGUCGCAGGUGACGAAGGUGUCGUCGUGGUACAACCGGGCCAACAGCGUCCUCCUCAGCGUGUUGCAGACGCGGGUCAAGGAGGCCGAGGUGUCCAGCAUGUGGAGGCUCCUGGUCACCUACAAGAACCUCAUGCAGUCGGAGGAGCAGUUCGGAAUCGCCAUGGUCUACGGCUCAGCCUACUACCUGCGCGGCGUCCUCGACCAGCCCACGUACCUCGCCUGGGCACAAGCCACGUCCAUGGCCUGGUAUUGGCUCAACCAAAGCAUCAUCAUCUCGCCCUUCAUCCCGGGGCUCCUGAGGAAUGCGGGGGCGCCGGGGGACAUAGCGGAGAGGCUGAUCGAGAGGAAGGAAAUCAUAGGAAACAUGAGACGGGAGCCAUCGGCCCAGCGAGCGGACGAUUAUAUUCAAGAACUCGCCUCUUUCAUUGACUCCGUGAGAGAUGUCGAGUACACGCUUAUUAACGAUAUUAGAGAAACGAUCGACGACGACGUGACGGCGGCCGACCAGCGCUACAGCCUGACCCUCAUGGUCCUCAUUCUCGUGCUGGUCAUCUCCCCCGUCAUCAUCCUGCUCGUGAGGAAGGCCACGGGGCUCAUUCAUGAAUACGCCAAGAACUUGAUCAAAAAAUCGGGAGAGGUUAAACGCGAGAAGAGAAAGAGCGACAACCUCGUGUACCAGCUGCUGCCUCGGACGGUGGCCACCUACCUCAAGCAGUCGAAGCAGGUCCCUGCCGAGUACUUCGAAUCUGUGACGAUCUACCUCAGCGACAUCGUUGGCUUCACGCGCAUUUCGUCCGAGAGCAGCCCCUUGCAGGUGGUGAUGCUCCUCAACGCCCUCUACAAGCAGUUCGACGCCAGCAUUGAAAAGUUCGACGUGUAUAAGAUGGAGACGAUCGGAGACGCCUACAUGGUCGUCUCGGGACUGCCCAAUCGGAAUGGGAGCAAGCAUGCCUCAGAGAUCGCCGACAUGUCCCUCCGGCUCCUCGACAUGGUGUCCAGGUUCGAGCUUUUGCACAAGAAGGGGGAGAUGCUCAGAGUGCGGAUCGGGCUGCAUACGGGCACUUGUGUGGCAGGUGUUGUGGGGACAAAGAUGCCCAGAUAUUGCAUGUUUGGCAAAACGAUCAACACUGCACACUUCAUGGAGAGCAGCGGGCAACCCAUGAAGAUCCACGUCAGCGAGACAACCUACCGGAUGCUGGCGGAUGCUGGAUGCUAUAACCUUGAGUUCCAUCGCAGACUCGCCAUCGUUAGCAAGUACAGAAAGGAAGGAGAAGAGGAGGAGGAGAUGAACACCUACUGGCUUCUCGGGCGCCUGGGAGAGCCAUCCGGGCGUGGGCGUAUAGACGUCGCGCAGGACCAGACGCCCACCUUCCUCGAGUACGUGUCCGAGAGUGAGCCCGGCUACUACUCCAGGGCGAUGGCCACGUCCAAUUCUCGCCAGUUCUCGCGAGAUUCUCAUCUUUUCUCGCCAGUUCACGCCGAUUCUCACCACAUUCUCGCCGAUUCUCGCCAAGUCUCGCCGAAUCUCACCAGAUUCUCGCCAAUUCUCGCCAAGAAUCUCCGAUUCUCGCCGAUUCUCGCUGAUUCUCGCUGA